AUGGAUGAACCCAAAGAUAAUCGGAAGAAGAGCGGGGGAACGACAUGGCGCACCAACGUGCUCCUGGGCGGCAGCAAAGAAAAGGAAAGAGACAAAGAGAAGGACAAGGAUCGAGACAAGGAGCAAACGCUGCAGCGAAAGAACAACCCGCUGUAUGCCGUGCGCGAGCUGCCAGCGCGGCAACCACCAACCCUCACUGUAAGCACCGCCGCCGCUGACGGCAACGACGACAAGAAGAGGGAGACCGUCAACCCGGCCUAUGGCAUGAGCACACUGCGCGGCGUGCGGCGUCUUGAGGUGGUGGACAUGUCGAGCGACAGCGAUAACGUCGAGAUUGCGCCCAAGCAGCGGACCCGUCUCUGCACCGGCCCCAGCAAAGCGGGCGUCAUCAGGCAACCCGAGGAACUGGGAAGCGGGAGGGAGGCCAAGCCGGGCGACACCCCACCGCGGGCCAGGGCUCCGCUGAGGAAAAGUGGCAGCCCGACUCCGCACUCUACCGCCCGCGGGUUAACCCGCUACAACUCGGAGAAGAAGCUGAACAACAACGACGUCGCGGCGGCAGCGGGCAACGAGCGUGAGGAGCGGGCCAAGCUCAUCAAAAAGCUGCGCAGCGAGAUACAACAACAGCAGCGGUACGAGCAGGAGCGAGCCCGCAUGUCAAGCGCCAUCGACGCCCUCAUCCUGUCGAUCUUUGGCGAGGAGGACAAGAACGGCGACCGCGCCUGGGCGCGCAUGGGCGUUCGACGGCAUGUGGACCAGAGCGUCGGUGGCGGGGCGGCGCUCGACCAUGGAAUGCCAGGAAUGCCAGCCGCGGCGGAGGGCAUGGUGGACGACAUUCUCGACGGCCUGUUGGGCAAGCGCGACAAUCUCGAGCCCGCUGACACUACUGGUGGGUGGGCGGGGCUGAGGCUGGUCCCGGUGCGACCACCUGGUUGGCUGACCGCCGGCGGAGGCGAAGACGACGACGUCGGCUUCACCGGCGGCGGCAAGUUCGGGUGGCUCGACCUCGCCCGGGCGGGCAAGGAGGCGCGCGACCGUACGUCGACCGUCGACUACAUGGUGGACGAUAUGAUCUUCGGCGCCAUCGCCGUGACCCAGCCGCCGGCAGCCCAGACCCAGUACCUCGCUCUUCCGGCACCGUCGUCGCCGACCGUGCGACCCAAGUCUCUAUCGGCGUGGGAACGGAGCUACCCGUCUCUGGCGGUCGCCGCCUCGAUGAACCGAGCGACGUCGGAGCGGUCAAUUUUGAACACGUCUGAUCUGCGAACCGAGGAGCACCUCGUGGAUCACGAAGUGACGAGUCCAACCUCGGCCUCGACCACCCACGCUCCAACCGUCGUCUUGGCCGACGACAACAACUCGUCAUCGUUGGUCUUCGAGGGACCCAGGGCUAUGCCGCCAUCGCCCCCGCGACCCGGUAGUCCGUCGGCUCAGCCACCACCGACGUCGGCCGGUUCGCCGGCGAGCGAGUUCCUGGCCGGGUUCAACCCGGAGCUGAGAUCGCUGCCGCAUCACAUCCUGGUGGCCAUCCGGUCCCAGCAGGAGUUGCGGGGACUCAAGCUCGACGAGGACGGGGCGGGCUCAGGGGCGGGCCGGAGGCGCAGGGAGAACAAGUCGGUCGCAACCAAUGGGCAAGUGCGGCGGACAAAGAGCGAACGGUUCCUCUCCUCGUGGGACUACUCGGCACAGCAGAUCUACAAAACAAACUCGGGAUUCGUGUCGACUCUGGUGUCCGGCCCAGUGCUGGAGGAGCGGCCCAGGGACGAGGCCGCACUGGAGGUGGUCCAGGAGAUCGCUACCGCGCACUCUGCCGUCGCCGUGUCGUCGCUGAGUAUGGGGCGACACCGCCGGUCGCCCGUGGUGCGCGACGCGGCCAUCACCCGACGCACCUCACACUCCUCGACCAUCUUUGCCGCCGCCGGGCAGAUGGCCGGCGCUUCGUCGGCGUCGUCGGCGUCAGCCCGCUGCCCGUCUUUCAUCUACGGGUCGUCCUACACCGACUCGUCGUCGCUGGCCUCGUCCUUUGCCGACUCGAGCAGCGCCGGCUUCCUCUCGUCCUGCUCCUCGACCUACAACCACACCCUCUCGCUCGGCUCGCGCACGUCGUCGUUCUCGACCACCGACCUCUCGGACUCGGAGACGCCGUCGACCGACCUCCUGUCCGAGGCCAACAUCGACAGCUGCCUGAGCGAGACGGCCGACAGCGUCGACAACUCGGAGGCCUCCGACGACGAUGCCGAGCCCGAUGAGGAAGACGACGACGGUGAGCCCUACAACGACGACAACGGCGUGCGCGGUGCGUCGCUGCGGCUGCCCCAGCACCAGUGGUACGCCCGUGAAAUCAUCGGCGCCGGGAGCGGCAUCGGCAGAGGCGGCGGCGGCUACAAGAAGAACACGCAUAAGGACGAGCAGGAGCUGUCGCCCGAGGAGCAGGCCCUCCUCGCCGACUUUCAGCGACAGCUGGACGACUUCCUGCAGAAGCGGGUGACGGAGGUCAAGUACGUCGACCGCGCGCCGGUCUCGGGCACGGUGGACGGGCUCGUGGCGGCUCUCUUUCACGACGACGACGCCAUGGAUCCGUUGUACGUGGACCUCUUCCUGGCGGCGCAUCGGUACUUCAUCGGCCCGCGGGACCUUCUCGCGCGACUGCAGGACAUGUACGUGCGCGUUCCCUUGACCACGCGGCUCAGCAAGAAGCACAAGCACCUCCGAUCCCAGCUUCUCCACAUUCGACUACGAGUGGUGACUAUUUUGAAGAAGUGGCUGGAGCUGUUCUACUCCGAUUUUUCCGCCGACCCGGCGCUGCUCAAGGACCUGGAGGCCUUCGAGAAGCUCAUGUCCGGUCUCGGCGGCAAGUCGCUGCACUGGCAGGCCAUCCUUCGCAUCUCCCGCGCCAAGGCGCAGCUGAAGCAGGACAAAGUGAAGCGGGCGGCGCUGAAGCGGGAGGCGCCCAAGCCGCUUGUUCCGCGCCAGCUGCAGUCGCCCUCGCUGCUCGAUUUCCACCCGCUUGAGGUCGCGCGUCAGCUGGCGCUGAUCGACUGGGAGCUGUUCGCGGCCAUCCCGCACCAGGAGUUCAUCGCCAAGGCCUGGGACAGCCCCGCCUUAUCACCCGUCUCCCAGAAGUGGAUCAACCACUACGAGCAGGGUAUAAACUGGGUGGCGACGGAGAUAGUGAUGACGCCCAACCCGAAGCAGCGCGCCAUCGUCAUCCAGCGGUUCAUUGAGAUCGCCGAGUGCUGUCUUUCGCUCAACAACUUCAACGGGACGAUCCAGAUCAUCAGCGCCCUCGGUACCCAUUUUGUAGUGCGACUCAAGACGGCGUGGAAGGGUGUGCCGCCCAAGUACACGGCCAAGCUCCGGGCGCUCGAGGAGCUGGUGAUCCCGGCCGACGGCUACGCGCGGCUCAAGGUCUACAUGGCCGAGCUCUCGCCCCCGCUCGUGCCCUACCACCAGCUGCUCCACCACGACCUCAGCGCCAUCGACGACCGAAACGCCAGCUUCGUCAGCCUGGCCCACAGCAGCGGCGCCAUCGCCAGCCGUGACGCCAAGCGGCGGGGCGGCGGCGGCGGGAGCGGCAGCGAGAAGGUGCGCAAGGACAGCGGAGAAGAGGCAUCGGGCCAGGGCGGCCAAGGGCGAAAGAAUUCGAAGAAAGCAGAGGCGACGGGCGACGGCGGGUUGAGCGGGUCCGGCAGCUCGAUCGGUGCCGCCGCGUCAUCGGCCGAGCCACAGGGCGGCACCACGACGUCGGCGCUGUCGCUGUCGUCGUCGGCAUUGGCGUUGGGGGGCAGCGGGAGCGGCAUCGGCGGCGGCAAGGCCGUGAGCGCGAGGAGCAACAGCGGCGGCGGCGGGGCUGCGGGCGCAGCGGCGGUGUGGGUCAACUUUGAGAAGAUGGCGCUGAUGGGCCACGCGCUGCUGGAGAUCGCCACGCUCCAGUCGACGCCGCUCCAGCUCGAGGAGGUGGCGGUCAUCCGGCAGUACCUGGUGAGCCCUCCGGUGGUGCUGAGUGACCGCAACCUCGGCCUCCGCUCGCGCAGCUGCGAGCCGGCGCAGGAAAGCCCGAUCUACGCCGUGCGGCGGCGGAACAGCAAAGACAAGGACAAGCUCAGAGAGGACUCGAAGCGGAUCAGGCAGAGCUCCAUACGGGGCGUGGGACUCUCCCUCUCGGCCGCCGUCAAGAAGACCUUCACCGACAAGAAGAAGACCGGCUGA